AUGUCUUUCCCCCGAUUCCGCCUCCAAACCUCUAAACCAUCCCGCCUCGAGGACGACAUCGUGCCCCUCACAGACUCAAAAUCAACCCCCGUCUCCCGCAACAACUCCUUCGCAAUGAAGUCCCUCAACCCGCGCAGUCUUUCCAUCCGCCUCAAGAACCGCUCGGGCAAAUCCCAUGCUCUCUCGCCCUCGCCCUCUCCAGCCCCCUACGAAACAAACUAUACCCAUACUUCUCCUGUCUACCGGCCACAUAUCGAGCCCUUGCCAUCACCCAACCCAGCUGCCGCAUCUGUAUCAACAGGAGGGGGCAACACCCGCGCAGAAUUCAUAUACAAACCCAUCCGACGAACAGACUAUGUCGCCGAGACUGUCACAUCACAAAGCCAGAACCAGAGCCAGAGCCAGAGCCAGCGGUCUCGCCCGCAAUACCAAUACAACUAUAUCUCACCGAACAGAAGCCCGCAUCUGGCAGCAGGGACAUGGGGGCAUGCAGGGCUCCCCGCUGGCCCAGCGCCGCAGUCGCAGUCGCGAUCGCGGGCUCAAGCUCAAGCUCAGCUUGACGGCCGACGAGACUCUGACUUAUAUAACGACCUGGACAUUGUUGUCCCGAGGGGGCGAACAGAGCACGGCUAUACAGACAAGUCAAUGUAUAGUGCAGCAGAGAAGAAGCGCCGGGCGGCACGGCGGUUAACGACCGUGAUGGUUCCUGAUGCGGAGGAUAUUUAUGGAUGA